AACAGCCAGUCCCCGCCGAGGAUUGAGCUCCAGGCUUCGGUUUGCGCAGCGAGGACGGACAGAGAGCCGGCGGAGGACGCUUGUGUGUGGGAGAAGGAGCCGAGCGGCGUCCGGAUGGACUGACAGCUGCGCUGCACUGAAGGAACAUCGUCUCCACCAUGAACUCGUCACCCCACGGCUCCAGAGCCUCCAUCGACAUCCUGGAGGAACUCCAGCUGAUCGCUGCUCAGAACCUGGAAAAGCUGGACAUCAACAAAUACUAUGAGGUCGUCAGAGAACUGGGAAAAGGCACCUAUGGGAAGGUGGACCUGGUCGUCCACAAGAUCAGAGGCACAAAGAUGGCUUUGAAGUUUCUGAGGAAGAAGACCACCAAGCUGAAGAGCUUCCUAAGAGAGUACAGCAUCUCUCUGUACCUGUCGCCAUGCCCCUUCAUCAUCAACAUGUUCGGCAUUGCCUUCGAAACAGACGACUACUACAUCUUUGCUCAGGAGUACGCGCUGGCAGGAGAUCUGUUCGACAUCAUCCCUCCACAGGUGGGCCUCCCUGAGAUGGUGGCAAAGCGCUGCGUCCACCAGGUGGCUAUCGCCCUUGACUACCUGCACUGCAAGAAGCUGGUCCAUCGGGACAUAAAGCCCGAGAACAUCCUCAUUUUUGACAAAGAGUGCAGAAAGGUCAAGCUGUCAGACUUUGGCAUGACGCGGCGUGCCGGCUCUCCAGUGAAGCGUGUUAGCGGUACAAUCCCGUACACGGCGCCUGAACUGUGUGACACCUCUCGGCAUGAGGGCUUCUGCGUGGACUACAGCACAGAUGUAUGGGCGUUUGGUGUGCUGCUCUUCUGCAUGCUGACCGGAAACUUUCCUUGGGAGAAGGCCAUGCCCAAUGACGCCUUCUACGAGGAGUUUGUCCGCUGGCAGCGCCGUCGGACAGGCCAUGUGCCGUCGCAGUGGCGCCGCUUCACAGACGAAGCUCUACGAAUGUUUCGUAGGCUCCUCUCCAUUGAACAGGACCGCCGCUGCUCUGUCAAAGAAGUCUUCAGCUACUUCAACCAGUGCUGGAUGUUGGACACGGAGAACGGGAACAGCAGCAGCGGGGGGUUGGCAGGCAGCGCACCUCCUCUGGACAUCAGCUCGUCCUCAUCUGAAGAGGAUGUAUUAGUGGACAGACUGAAGCAGCAGAGCCUGUCGCCUGCCUGUGUAGCAGCAAAGGGAGGCCUCAUGAUGGACACCCACUACUCCUCCAUGUCCACAAACAGCUCGCCGUCCUCCACCGGCAGCUAUGAGCGGGUCAACAGAGACAACAACGAAAGAGGACGCAUCCUGGUGGCCACGCCCAUCGAGAUCUGUGUGUAGAGACGGCCGGCGCUGCUUUCAGGCUACCUGCUCACACCUGCACACUGGUGUGUGCCAACCAAGAAGAUUUCUCCGACUGUGAGAAAAAGGAGAAAAGUGAGGAGGGGCGUGUGGCGAAGAUGCUUAGCAUCAGAAAACAAUCGACAGUCUGACAGCUUCACUGCAAGUUCACGCAUUUCUGAUGAAGACGAGCUCUGAGGAAAUGAGCAGUGAGACAAUCGCACUGUAGCCUCUGUGGUUUAUACUUCAGUUCGUGGAACAAUACACAACCUCACUGGACAACCUGUGAAGAAGGAAAAGGUGAAAUGACAAAAACAUAAUCAACAAGCAAUAUGUUAAAAAAAGAAUCUGUGACGCAAAGUAGAAAGAUGUGAUCGACUUUGUGCAUAAAGCGACCGUAACACAUGUUAAUUGUAGUAUACUGUACCAUCCUCAUGUUUGGUAGAUAGUUUGUGUGCUUUUCUUUGGAGUUAAAUUAUUUAUUUAUGUCAGAUGUAUUUAUUUAUUAUUUGUUUUAUUUUAUCUAUAGGAAGUGAAAAAUAAUUUACUAAAGAAACUUGUAGAUGAAGGUAACUUUUUUCUUUACAUUUAAAAAAAAAACUGACGUUGUUGUGAUCUCCAAUGAAAGUAGAUUGUUUUCCUGUGACGCUUAAACUGUACAGUAGCAAUCAGCCAUCUAGUCCAUCCUCCCAUUAAACUGUAGUGAACUGUGAUUAUUACUGAAUACUGCAGCAGCCCAGUUAUUAAUACGAACACUUCCAAGCAAAACUGACAGUUAGCAAUCAUGUAUUAUCUACUUGUUAAUAAACUGAUAAAUAUGAGAAAAGUACACAAAAUUACUCAAUCUGUUUUCUGCUUGCAUGAUUUACAAAGAAAGCUAAAAGGGCAACGUUUAAUUGGGAAGUAAUGGGUGAUAUAUUGGACGUUUUAGAAAAAAUAAGUAAUCGUUUGUGAAAAUGCAAACAGAAUUUAGCAUUUGGGAAUACUACCCAACAGCUGACUGCUCCCUCAACUCGCUUUCCAUUUUUAGAAAAAUUCUUGAAGGGUUAUGCUGAAAAUGUGACAAGAUGGACAAUAUGUAAAAGAAAAAAAAACAAUCUUUUUUUUUUGUUUUUAUAAAGUACUGCAUGAAGUAACAUUACUGUGGUGAAAAUUUGUUGAAAUAAAAACCCUGAAAUUAAAA